GCGGCGCGCUGGCUUCCUCCGGGCCACUCGCGGGGGUGAGGGGAAGCCGGAGGAGCUCGGGAGGAAGCGAAGUAGCGAGCGGGAGGCGGCGGCGUCUCCCGUCGGCCUCCGGCAGCACUGACCGCGGGGAGGCCGGAAGGCGCGCGAGCUUGGCGGAGAGGCGGGCGGGAGGCCGGAGUUAUUUAAUGAAAAGUGCCAUAGAUUGAAAAAUCGAAGAUGAGGGUAGCAGGUGCUGCAAAGUUGGUGGUAGCUGUAGCAGUAUUUUUACUGACAUUUUAUGUUAUUUCUCAAGUAUUCGAAAUAAAAAUGGAUACGAGUUUAGGAAAUCUAUUUGCAAGGUCAGCAUUGGACACAGCUGCUCGUUCUACAAAACCUCCCAGAUACAAAUGUGGGAUCUCAAAAGCUUGCCCUGAAAAGCAUUUUGCUUUUAAAAUGGCAAGUGGAGCAGCCAACGUGGUGGGCCCCAAAAUCUGCCUAGAAGACAAUGUUUUAAUGAGUGGUGUGAAGAAUAAUGUUGGAAGAGGGAUCAAUGUUGCCUUGGUAAAUGGAAAGACAGGAGAAGUAUUAGAUACUAAAUAUUUUGACAUGUGGGGAGGAGAUGUGGCCCCAUUUAUUGAGUUUCUGAAGUCCAUACAAGAUGGGACAAUAGUCUUAAUGGGAACAUAUGAUGAUGGAGCAACCAAACUCAAUGAUGAGGCACGGCGGCUCAUUGCUGAAUUGGGGAGUACGUCCAUUACCAGUCUUGGUUUUAGAGACAACUGGGUCUUCUGUGGUGGGAAAGGCAUUAAGACAAAAAGCCCUUUUGAACAGCACAUAAAGAACAAUAAGGACACAAACAAAUAUGAAGGCUGGCCUGAAGUUGUAGAAAUGGAAGGAUGCAUCCCCCAGAAGCAAGACUGACGUGGAGAAAAUUGAAGGACACGCACUUUCACUAUUAAUGGGACAGCUACAAUAGCGAAACUACAUGUAAAUAUUUUAAAAGCAUGCAGCCAUCUCGGUGUGUGCAUGAGCAUUCUCUUUUGAUAUCAGGAUUAUUUAUUGGUAACGUAAAUAGAUGUCUUUGUAAAUAGUCGUCAUAAUGAGGAAAUCAUUGAACCAUUUCUAAGCACAUUUCUCUAAUAGUAAAAUGUUUAGUCUGCUAUGGAAAUGACAUCUUGUAAUUCCAAAAGCAUACUUGUGGAUAACUCAACAGAUCAUGAAAAAUAAUUGAUAUAUAUACUGGUUGCUGUGAAACUCUAUCAUGGAAUAAUAUGGAUUUGAGGGAGGAGACUUUGUUUUCUUUUAUAUAUAUAUAUAUUGCUUUUUGAUGAUAGUAGCUUUUAAAGAUAUUUGGCUAGGUGUGUAUGUAAUGUCACUUUACAGUCCAACUCUCCUUAUGUACCUCUUUUCUUAGUCUUUAUCUUUCCCAAUAAACCAAGAAAUAAAAUUAUAUGAAAACCUAUAUCAGAUAUGUGAAAAGCACAACAAAUUUUUUUUUAAUGUAUACAGUAAAAAGUAAACAUAUAAAUGUAGGUGGCUUUCAGGACUAUAGCUUGCUGGAUUUUUGUGUUAGUAACAUGAGUAAGUCGAUUCUGUAUAAGCUACUUAGAGUGAGGGCACAGGUGGCAACUCCAUAGAACUGGGGAAGUGGGCCAAGUCCCUUUCCAACCGAGUUGGUCAUUCAGGACAGCUGUGUCAGUAUAUUUAGAGAAAUACUGGCAUAGAUUGUCCUUAUUUGUUAUCAGCAUGACAGAGUGGUUUGGAAAGAGGCAUGCUUUUAAUAUCAUAAUAAUUUUGAUUUGUAAACCAAGAAAUUAAUUUUGUAUUUACCUUAUUUAACUUCAUACUACCAGUUUUUGCCUAAAGAUAUAUAUUAAAUACUUAGAAAAGAUCUAAUUAUUGAAUGGACUGAUAACAUUUAAAAAUAAUUUUGGUGCAAAAUGAUUUCAUACCCAAUUCUAUGUAAAAAUAUAAGAGAUCUAACUUUUUCGUUAACUUUAGAUGUUUACUAAAUGACUCAAGUUUUUACUUUAAAAAAAUUUUUAGGCCAUUAAAUACUUAACUAUAUAUGAAAUAGAAACUGGAACACAGAGAAAUUUAAUGAUCUAACUUCUAUCCACAAUGAAAGGCAGGACUUAAAUUUUGAAUCUAAAUUUUAGAUAACUUGUAUAAAAAAACUAAAAGCAGUAUUUUUUAUUUUGUUACAAACCAAGCUGGAAGCUGUUCAGCUGUUUCUUAAAUAUAAAUGAGCUUUGGGGUACUGUUUAUUUCCUCCAACUCAGUAUAAUUCAUGAUUAAAUACACCUUACAAGUUUAAACAAUUUUUGUAAACUUUUCAGAUUUUGGUGCUUAUAUGCUAAAUCACAUGCAGCAUGUACAUUUUGGCAUUUAAAACACUUCCCUCAAUUCUGUAAAUUAAAAGAAUAGGAGUUUUACAGUUCCAGAGAUUGUGAAAUAAAUGUUGCAUUUUUUUAAAAAAAAAUGAAGACAUGCUUGGUUUUGCAUUGUGAAUUUUUUCGUAUUGUCUGGCAGGGUAAUAUACCUACAGAACUUCUCAUUAAGGUCUGUCAAACAUUUAUUGUCCUGCCUAACAUGCACAAUUUAAGUCAUUUCUGUGGUUAAACAUACUGGUAUCCUCAGGAUGUAUCUUAACAUGUAUAGAAUUUAAGUAUCUAAAUAGCAGGCCAUCACUUUCAAGAAGACUGUAAAAUGAUAGCUUCGUGAAGGUGUAUACAAUGUCAGAAGAAGGGUAGAGAUUGGUUCUGGAACUGCUGGGUGCGUUUGAUCUCGUUUCGGUUCUGUCUUGUACAGAUUGUGCCAACUUAACUUUGGAAGCAAUAAUUUUACUACAUUUCAUUUCCAGAUAUCUUUUAAAAAAUCAGCAUUAUACAUGAAACAAUGCUUAUUUAAUGUUAAGAAUUUUAUUAAAAUCAAACUUGGCACUGACACUUUGGUACUUUAAGUUGUGUUUAAGGACUUAUUUUUUAUUUGUAAUCAUAGGUGCUUUCCCAGAGCAAGUGUAUUAUAAUAUGCCUAUUAAAAUUAAACAAAGAUAGGAAAAUAAGUGAUACUUGAGAAAUUAAAGAGAAACUGAGCCAGA